UAAAAAUGGAAUAAAAUCAGAUAGCCAACGUAUUAAAUAGCGAUAACAAUGAUAAUAAUGAAAUCAGAUAUUUUCGAUUAAGCAAAUGUGUUUUUAUACGAAUUAGGCGAUACGCGAAUGGGUCGGUGUCGCAAUAAAAUAUUUAGCAGGAAACAUCGUCUUCCGGUUCACGGGUUAAGUUUAUCGAAGCGUAUUACGAGCGAUCAUCUCGAUCCCUUUCCCUUCGUCUUUCUUUCCCAAGCUAGAGUAAAGAUCCGUUUAUCUCUCCAACAUCUACCAUCACCGACUCUGAUCGCCGUCAUGAAAUUCAUCUCCCAAUGAUCGGCAUUGGCGUAGCUGUUACCGGAUCUUUGUAGGUUAACUCUGCUCGAUAUUAAUAGGGAACAUACAAGAGGAGGCCACUCGCGUAAACUGGUACAUUUUAGAAAUUCAGUAAAAUUCUUGCAUUGUCAAAUUUCUAAAUGACGACAUUCGAAAUAUUCGGAGUAAAAAAUUCCGUAUUCCUAAACCCGCUUUGAAAAUGUCGAAAUGUUCGCAGUGGCGAAAAGGUAUAGUUAAUUAGUAACGGGGCGGAGGUUCGUGGUGGGUGCAGCUUGUUGAUUCCAUAUCCUAGUUACGCCUAUGAUGAUGAUCCGGUAGUGGAAUCGAGGAACAAGAGAACGUCCUCUACUCUCGGGGAGUCGCGAACAUUUAGUAGAAGACUGCUCUCGAGUUUCACCGACUUACUUAGGAUCGUGCACGGUGAAAACCGGCGUCAGUGCGCGAGAACGAUUUGCCGAGCGUACAAGAGGAACACCGGUCCGUGUGUUUUCGUUUCGAAAGUAACAACACCGUCUGUUCGGAGCCGAAUAGACGGCUAAAAAGUACGCGCUCUGGUCCUGUUGCGAACAACCGUGACCAAGUGAUCGAGCCAAUAACAGUCUCGCGGAAUCGCGUCGUUGUUGCAAAAGAAUUCUGCCAGCUGUCGGUGCGCCGUGAAAUCGCGGUGAAAAUAUACGGGACGAAGAAAAAGAAUCGUCCGCGAUCCUCUUCGCCGGAAUUUAUAUAUUUAUUUUCCUCGAAACGGUUGAAAAUCGAAGAAAGUUUAUGGCCGUGAAAGUUGAUCGACGCGUAUGAUCCCAGUGUACUAGUUGUAAUUAAAAAACACCAAUACAUCGGAGGAGAACACAAAAGAGUUCUGCAUGAACCCUGAGGAAAUCUUUGGCCUGUGCAACAGGAAGAACGCGAUUUUCGUUAUCCUGUGUACAGCAGCGAUCUGUGUGCACCUGUUGUUCAACGAAGACAACCAAAUCGUGGAAACGAGCAGGGAUCUCAAGGUGUUUAUUCAAAUAUUUAUUUUUUCGCGGUUUAUCGAAACCGUUCGAACGAAAGUAAUUCGAUCGUCUGAAUCGUUAUGUUCGAUUUAGUUAAUCGAUUUUAGUUGUUCGUGCAACGGUUCGGAUAUGUGUUGGUGCUUUUCGGGGUGUAUUCGAUCAACGUCUUCGUUGUUAACGAUAAUCACGAGGAACGUGCCGUGUGUCACCGAUGCAUACAGUUUUAUAGUUACACCCUAUUAGGAUACGUUUGUCCGUCGCGAUAUCUCUAUUAGUUUAGAUAUCUCUAGAACUAUGAUAAAGUCAAAAAUUUGUGUGAUUUAUGAAUUUUACCGUGGAACGAUGUUGGGACCCGUAAUACCAAAAGCAAAAGUUGAAAGAGAAACAAAUUGACUCGAUUCACUCGCGAGAUAACGAUCGAUCCCAUAUCGCAUGAAUGAUCAUAACAAAGCUACGAGGAUUAAAGUUGCAAACUUUUUGGCGGGAAAAGAUUCUCAUACUCCGAACUAGAGCUACUAUCAUCGAUAACGUCGUAAUGUUAUCGUAUUAUCAAAUGCAUUGUCUAAACUUUAUGCAUUUAAUGCAAAAUGUUAUCAUUCGGUUCUAAUCAUUUUUAGUACGAAAUUCUUUAAAGGGAAAUUGCGGUAGAGAAAAUGCAGUGAAUUUGUUCUUUAAAAUCGAUAUAACGAUUCGGACGGUCGCGUAAAGAAGGAGAAUUGUAAAAAUGAAACAAUCCGAAGGUGGAGGAGGAACAGAACAACAACUGGUGUUUUGAAGACGAGGAGUUCUCUGUGUUUCGAUCGCAUUGCAACGAUGUGGAAAACAUUAUGUCUGCUCUCGUUGACGCUUUUCACGUUCGAUUUCCUUCGAGUUAGCCUCGUUCGAGGUGAACCUGUUCCAGAAGACGAUGUGCUCGUCACUCGGGAAGAGGAUACGAAAACCCAUCGGGCGGAAACCCGGACACGAGCGGAAACUCGAGGCGAGCUGACAGGUCGCAGGAUCCACGAGGACGAAAAGACGAGCGAGCUGGUCGGCAAAUGGCGAAAUAACGGCGAGGCUCUUGAACCGAAAUGGAGGGACGGUGACUCGGUACCCGUGCUUCCGUUUCCUCGAUUUUCACGAUACUCCGGAGACAAACUGGACGGGGGCGACGAACAGGAGGAGAGUUACGUUCGCAGACAACCGAAGUAUCGUCAAAACAACGAACAAGAGAAUUCGUUGCGUUCGAGGAACAACGGUCCACUGUUCUACGACUACGAGGAUUACGACCACAGACGUGGGUAUCGAGAACGAGAACUCCUUCCUCGAAAGAAGACCAGUCGACCUUGGACCAAUCACGAUCCGGUUAAUCCGAAGAAGACGAACAACAGAAACGAACAACUACCUAUGGAGGCUGUUGAGAACAGAGAAACAACCUCUGCGAGGUACAGAGACACUCUCCAAGCGCGGCCAAACGACUACGAGCUCGAGUUAAGGAUAUCCGAAGAGGAGUACCUGAAACCUCGUCCAAGAAAGAGAAAACCACCGCAAAACUACGAGUUCGCGCUGGUCAAAAACGAGACGUUGAACGAAGAAAUAAUAGAGAGCACUACUAGACGGCCUCAGAAAACUUCGUCCAAAGAUGGCCAGCUGAUACAGAACGCCAUGGAACUGAAAUCUCUGUUGAAGAUGCAACAGGAGGAAGGUCUGAGCUUGUCGGAGAUUCUUCAGCGACGUAAUCUUACUCUGAACGACCUUCUGAAGGGAAGAGCCGACGCGAUCGACGCCCUGAAGACGAAGAACGUCGACGAGACGGAGGAUUACAUCGAAGAGGCGACGAAGAUGAUAUCCGAUUCCCUCGUGAAAAUUCCCAUUGCGACGAAACCACAGUGGCCGACGUUCGAAGAACCUGUGAAAGCAACGAACUCUCGGAAAGAUGAACUUAUUAUCGUGUAUUCGACGAACCCGCCUUUACGUAAGUAUUCUAAGGAGUAUUCUUCGGGCGCUGUAAGUCGUAACGAAAUGUAUGCAAAGGUUGAAGAAUCAACGACUAGAAAAUCGAUUCUAACCGCCACUGAACCUUCUGCUCCGAGCAAAGUUACGACAUCGAUACCGUUGCCAGUCGCAACGAAUUCCAUGGAGCUGUUGCGAAGCACCGUGAAAUCGCAAAACGCUGAUGAAAUCAAAGCCGACAGUCCGGACGAGGACGAGAUCAUGGAGUUCUCUGAUUUCACCGAUUACAAGAAGGGACGAAACGGCGUGUCUCCUGUUUGGUUGAUGAUGAACAACGAGGAGGCUGGAUCUCAGAAGUCAAAGGCCAACUACGAGGACAGGGGGUCCACGCUGAGUAUCGAGAAAAUCUUGAGUCCCACGGAACGUACCAAACUGGACAACGAUUCGUCGGAUGCUCAACAAUUUAACCUAGACGAUACCGGUGAUUACACGUCUUCGGAGCGUGAAUAUCAAAACGAUGCGCCGCCAAUAUACCUCAACCUGGAACACAGUACUCGGAUUAAUAGUUUCAUCGAUGAGAGCGAGACAAGAGAAACAGAGCCCGUAUCCUCGACUGAUCUAACGCUUGCGAAGGAUUCGCAGACAGAAGAAAUCGAUCAUGCUCUCAAAAAUCAUCAAGAUACGAACACAACCGAGAAGAGUUACGAUGACGUGAUAUCGGAAGUGGAGCCUGAAGCACGAGCCGAGAUCUUCGAGUUGUUCGCAUCUGGAUCAGCGGGCAAGAGACUGGAACGUCUUUUGAAAUCUAGAAACAUGAGCAUAGAGGAAUUGAUUGCGCUGCGACAGAGAGGAUCCAGCAAAGUUCAUUUGGCCGAAGUAUCGCGAAUCAAGGUUCAGAAACUGAGCGACGAAUACGAAACGGAAGAUACGAGUUUUAAAACGACCACACCGAUACCUAAGACCGAUCAGGAACCUGCAACGAACGAAAAGAUUAACGAUUACUUGGCGAGGUCCUUCCAGAAUGUAACAAAUUGCAAUUCCAUAUCGAGUGCAAUUGAUGUUGUUCGUUCGGAAGAAGGUACGAGCGAAAAAGCAAAAAUUAGCGACGAGAAUUCGUCGUUCGAUGCGCGUUUCAAAGAUGACGAGGUGCAGGAUAUCAAGAAGCAUCAUCAUCCCGCGCAAAUCAUCGAUUUGUUGACAACCUUUGGUUCCAUGCCAUUCGCGAAAGACAUUCAACGAGACUUUGUUGGCGAGUACGAUAACAGAGACGAAACGAAAGCACCGACAGAGAACAACGAUCAAAGUAUCGUGUUUGUGAACAACGAUACAGACGUACUAAGUGUCAACGAAAAUUCGACCGUUGUUCAAUCCGGUUACGUGAAGGAAAUCGUAGAACAGAAACCAAAUUCUAUUCGUACGACGUUCAACGAAAUAGAUACUGAAAAGACUAUCGACGAGAAACGGAAAACUCUUUCGAACGUGAAACGCAGCAUAAUAGCGAGCGGUGCGAUUCUAGGAGUGACCAUCGUAGUAUUUCUGGCAAUAUUCAUCGUGUGUAGGAUUCGACAGAAGCAGAAGUACAGGUACAGGAACACGUUCUCUAGAGCGGUGUUCCAAGGCCCAGUCAUGGCAGCUAGGAAGCUAUCGAAUUCGAGUAGCUUAAGUACCGUGAUGGUCAAUGUGGUCGCCACGUCGACGACGAAAAGGCCAGAGAAGAAUGAAACCGAGGAACCUGUUAGCGAAAUGGACUCCAAGAGUGACAUAGAUAACGAUUCGUUGGAUGCUAACGACAGUUGGGAAACUAUACCAGAUUACAUGAAAUGACAACUGAUCAACAAAAACACAUUUGCGAUAUUUUCAUUGGACACUAUGAGAAGACAGCAGUAUUCUACUCUUUAUGUUAAGUUAAAUUGUACGUAUACCGAAGGCUGAUUGUAUACUCUGUAAACAUAUUAUAGUAUAGCGAAUAACACAUUUUAACACGUUGAAUUCUAUGCUAAAGUUAUUGAAAAUUUUGUUAGAUAGUACUUCUUAUCUUUAAUAAAUCUGUUAUUCGAUACUUCGAAUAUAAAACGCGAAUAUUCCUAACUGAAUCGAUAAAAAAAUUUAAGCGUCACCUACGCAUAGAUGACGCGAUAGUCAACGUGUUAAAUAGGUCACUUGAUUCACUGACUAUGAUACUUGCAUUAGCAAAACAAGUCCGUGCAUUAGCUUUAUUAUCAUCCCAAGAAAAGAUGGAACAAAUGGGAACUAAGCUUUACAGACUGUUUCACGGACAUUUGUAUAUAUCGUUGUAUAAAGCUUCUGAUCAAUUUCAAUCCAAUAACUGAUCAAAUGUAAUGUAAUCAAGAGACAUAAAUUAAAAUUAGUAUAGUUCUUUUAUGUAAGUCUUAUUCCUGAUGUUUUUCUGAUAUUGUAAGAUGUAUACAUUGUAAACCCGAUUUUUCAACAUUAAUCAUGUAGAAUAAAGUGUAUUUAUUUAUAUGAAUAGUUUGUAAAGAAAUGAAAC